UGGCGCCACCAGACAAGAUGACGUGCCGUGCGGACUGCUGUGUGUUUCCCCUUCUUGGUGGCAUCGUUUUCGUUUUCUGUGCCCUGGUCGGGUGCUGUACGGCAGUGCCAACUCCUUGGCCGUCAACUGGGUACGGCUGUGUAUACGAUGGCAAAGUCUACAGCCCAGGAGAGACUAUAUACGAGCAGCCUGGGUGUAUGGGACACGGGGCGUACUGUACUGAUGGUGGUGACAUCAUUCAGUGGGACAACUUUGGAUUCAAAUGCUGUGAACACGACGGAGAUUACUACGAAGGCGGGGAAACCGUGACUAUCGGCGGUGUGACCUGUUAUUGUGAGGGGAGUGACAAUGAAGACCCCGCCCCGAUGAUUUGUCCAGAGACGACCACAGUACCAGUGAUAACCCCAACCUCACCUACUGGUAGCAUAAACGAGGAGGAGGAAGAUGAGAUGCAGGCCUGGUAUGAUGACUUCAUGGAACUGAUGUCCAAGAUGCUGACUGCUGUCCAGAAGCUGAAGAAGUGCUCUACUUUACCAACAUUUUAAAGGCAUCCAAUGCGAUUUCCGGGCAGCAAAAUUGGAAAUAUUUUAAC